AGCAGCUGCGGGUGAAUAGGCGUGGAUGUCUUUUUCGACUUCCUGUCAUGCUUUCUCUUGCUCUUAGGUUGCAUCAUUUUUAGCCGGUCGGGUGCAGCAGCUGCUGGGCCUCCAGGCAGGAAUAAGAUGAUUCAGCAAGUCACAGAGAACAUAAACUUUCCAGAAGAAGAAGAGAAGAUACUGCAGCUUUGGAACACGCUUAAUUGUUUCCAAGAAUGUCUCAAACAGUCAAAAAAUAGACCUAGGUUUACUUUCUAUGAUGGACCUCCAUUUGCCACAGGGCUUCCACAUUAUGGCCACAUACUUGCAGGAACCAUUAAAGACAUAGUAACUAGAUUUGCUCAUCAGAGUGGGUUUCACGUCGACAGGAGAUUCGGCUGGGAUUGCCAUGGUUUGCCUGUGGAGUAUGAAAUUGACAAAGCACUAGGCAUCAGAGGACCAGAAGAUGUUGCAAAAAUGGGGAUUGCAGAAUAUAAUAGCAACUGUCGAGGAAUUGUGAUGAGAUACUCCCAAGAAUGGAAAGCCAGUGUUACAAGACUUGGACGAUGGAUUGAUUUUGACAAUGAUUAUAAAACUCUUUAUCCAGAAUUCAUGGAGUCUGUCUGGUGGGUUUUCAAACAGUUAUAUGACAAAGGAUUGGUAUACCGAGGAGUUAAAGUCAUGCCUUUCUCAACUGCAUGCAAUACACCCCUUUCCAACUUUGAGUCUCAUCAGAAUUAUAAGGAUGUUCAAGAUCCCUCAGUCAUUGUCACCUUCCCGUUGGAAGAUGAUGAAAGUAUAUCUCUUGUUGCUUGGACAACAACUCCAUGGACUCUGCCUAGCAACUUGGCCCUCUGUGUUAAUCCAGAUUUGCAGUAUGUGAAGGUGAAAGACCAAAAUACUGCAAAAAUUUUCAUAUUGAUGGAAGCUAGAUUGGCAUCCCUCUACAAAUCUGAAAGUGAAUAUGAAGUACUUGACAGGUUUCCUGGUGUUACACUGAAAGGGAAGAAAUACAAGCCUCUUUACAAUUAUUUUAUUAAGUGCAGAGAAAAUGGCGCUUUUUCUGUAGUGACUGACAACUAUGUCAAGGAAGAAGAAGGCACAGGAGUUGUACACCAAGCUCCUUACUUUGGUGCUGAUGAUUACAGGGUCUGCAUGGAUUUUAAUAUUAUUCAGAAGGAUUCAGUGCCAGUUUGUCCUGUUGAUGCUUCAGGCUGUUUCACAGCAGAAGUGACAGACUUUGCUGGACAGUACGUCAAGGAUGCUGAUAAAAAUAUAAUCAGAUCUCUAAAGGAACAAGGAAGAUUGGUCCAUACCAGCACUUUCAAGCACAACUAUCCUUUCUGCUGGAGGUCAGAUACGCCUCUGAUAUACAAAGCAGUUCCAAGCUGGUUUGUUCGUGUGGAGCACAUGGUGGACAAGUUGCUGGAAAACAAUUCUCAAUGUUAUUGGGUUCCUGACUUCGUGAGAGAAAAGCGGUUUGGCAACUGGUUGAGAGAUGCACGGGAUUGGGCUAUUUCACGAAAUCGUUAUUGGGGAACACCCAUUCCAUUGUGGGUCAGUGAUGAUUUUGAAGAGGUGGUUUGUAUUGGGUCUGUAGCAGAACUGGAAGAACUGUCGGGAGUAAAAAUCACUGAUCUCCACAGAGAAAGUGUUGAUCACAUAACUAUCCCUUCAUGCUGUGGCAAAGGUGCCUUACAUCGUGUUUCAGAAGUGUUUGACUGCUGGUUUGAAAGUGGAAGUAUGCCUUACGCCCAAGUACAUUAUCCGUUUGAGAAUAAGAGAGAAUUUGAAGAUGCUUUUCCUGCUGAUUUCAUAGCUGAAGGCAUUGACCAAACAAGAGGAUGGUUUUACACUUUGCUGGUGUUAUCUUCAGCCCUCUUUGGAAAGCCUCCUUUCAAAAACGUAAUUGUAAAUGGCCUAGUUCUUGCCAGUGAUGGGCAAAAAAUGAGCAAACGAAAGAAGAAUUAUCCAGAUCCAACAAAAAUUGUAAACUCUUAUGGGGCUGAUGCACUCAGGUUGUACCUUAUAAAUUCUCCAGUGGUAAGAGCAGAAAACCUAAGAUUUAAAGAGGAAGGUGUAAGAGAUGUGCUGAAAGAUGUCUUUCUGCCCUGGUAUAAUGCCUAUCGUUUCCUGAUUCAGAAUGUUGUCAUUCUGCAACUCAAGAAAGAUGGAAAGGAAUUCCUUUACAAUGAGAAUACAGUUAAAGAAAGCAACAGCAUCAUGGAUAAAUGGAUUAUUUCCUUCACACAAUCACUUAUUCAGUUCUUCAAAGCUGAGAUGGCAGCCUACAGACUGUAUACAGUAGUUCCUCGACUGGUUAAGUUUGUAGACAUUUUAACCAACUGGUAUGUUAGAAUGAAUCGGAGGAGGUUAAAGGGUGAGAAUGGAACAGAAGACUGCAUUAUGGCCUUAGAAACCUUAUUCAGUGUUCUCCACUCCAUGUGUAGACUUAUGGCACCUUAUACUCCGUUUAUUACCGAACUAAUGUACCAGAAUUUGAAGACUCUUAUUGAUCCGGCUUGUGUUCAGGAGAAGAAUAGUGAUAGCAUUCACUACCUCAUGCUUCCUCAAGUUAGAGAAGACCUGAUCGACAAAAAUAUAGAAAGUGCUGUUUCUCGAAUGCAGUCUGUUAUCGAGCUGGGACGGGUAAUCAGAGAUAGGAAAACCAUUCCAGUAAAGUAUCCAUUAAAAGAAGUGGUGAUUAUCCAUCAGGAUUCUCAGGCACUGGAAGAUAUCAGGUCCUUGGAAAAGUACAUACUUGAGGAACUUAAUGUCCGCAAAGUGACUUUAUCAACUGAUAAAGAUAAGUAUGGAAUCCGUUUGAGAGCAGAACCUGAUCACAUGGUGCUUGGGAAGCGACUUAAAGGUGCCUUUAAAUCUGUAAUGGCUGCUAUCAAAGAAUUGCCAAGUGAGCUGUUGGAAGUAUUUCAGAAGACAGGCACAAUUGAUGUAGAUGGGCAUGAACUGCAUGAGGAAGAUCUCCGUCUGAUGUAUACCUUUGACCAGACUGGAAGAGGAUAUGCCCAGUUUGAAGCGCAUUCUGAUUCUCAGGUUUUAGUUCUCCUAGAUGUUACUCCUGAUCAGUCUAUGGUUGAUGAAGGUGUUGCACGUGAAGUAAUAAAUCGCAUCCAAAAACUUCGAAAAAAGCGUAACCUUGUUCCUACAGAUGAGAUUACAAUAUAUUAUCAGGCAUCUCCAGAAGGUGAUUAUCUUGAUACUGUUAUUAAGGAGCAUACAGACUUCAUUUUUGCCACAAUAAAAGCUGCUUUGAAGCCAUAUCCAGUGCCUCUCUCAGAAGAAGUGCUUAUUCGAGAAAAAACCCAGCUGAAGGGAUCAGAACUGGAAAUUGCAAUAGCCAAAGGAGCUGUACAUCGUUGUACUGAGCCAGCAUGUGCUUAUGUCACUUUGAACAUCUGCAUUAAUGGUAAAGAGCAAGAUGGUAUGGUGUUGCUGGAAAAUCCAAAGGGAGACAAUAAAUUAGACUUCACCAAACUUGUUAAUACUAUUGCAUGCAUUUUUGGUCUCGAAAAAUCAAAAGUGGCAGUUUAUAGUGGAAAACAAGAACUAAAAAAAGAAACAGAUUUGCUGAGUCUUAGUGGAAAGAAGCUUCACGUAACCGUAGGGCCGCUGCCAGUCAUAAAUGAUCUUGAUGACUUCUUAUGUCAGUAUAUCAAUUUACAACUAGUGAAUGCAAAACCACAAGAGUGUCUGAAUGGAACGGUGGGAACCCUUCUUAUGGAAAACCCUGUUGGUCAAAAUGGAUUAACGUAUCAAGGGCUUCUGCAUGAGACAGGAAAAAUGUUUGGACUCAGGAGCAGGAGGCUAAAAUUGUUCUUGGAUGAAGCACUGACAAAAGAGGUUACAAAGGAGACUUCCAUGAAGUUCUUAAAUACAAAGACUGUGUAUGUUCAUGCUAUACCAACAACAGCUGAAUGCUAAUUGAAUUCAUUGUCAAGGGUGAUGCCAGUGGACUGAUUUCCAUGGAGAAUCCCAGUUUGAAGUUGGGAUACUUUCACCAAGAAUCCUCACGUUCUCUAAGAUCAGUGCAUGUGUAAUAUGCUGCUUUAAGUUAAAUAUAGUGAAUUUUCAUGAUGUUAUGUUAUAAAAGCUAUGCAGAGUAAUACUCAGUCUCAGAAGUAUGGAAGGAUCUAUGCAGUAAGAAACUGAGAGUACCUCAGUGUUGCUGUUCUCUACCUGUUCAACAUGGAAAGCCCAUCUUUAGUUUUUCCUCCCAAUGUUAAUGGUCCUGCAUUAUUCAGAUUAUGUUACAUUGGCUUUAAGGUGAAUGAAACAAAAAUAAUUUGGCAUUUGUUUAGUGUAUCUAAUGUUCCUAAUUUUGAACAAUAAAUUACUUUAUCUAGGA